GCCCGGGGCGCUCCUGGCGCUGGGGGGGCUCCUGGGGGGGCUCCUGGGAGGGGGCCCGGGGGGGGCUCGGGGGGCUCACGAGGGCACCGAGACCCCCCGACUUCGAGGUGGAAGCGGGUCUGUUGGUGGUUUCGGAGCCCCCAGACCCCCAAAUGUUUCUCGCGGACGCUGCACGACCUGAGCUGCUUCUGGGACAGCCCCGGGCCCCCCGACCCCCGCAGAUUCCGGCUGCAGUUCCGGCUCGAGCAGGACCCCUGGCAGGACUGUCCCCUCUGGAGCACCGCGGUGCCCCCCAACUCGUCCCGGUUCUGGUGCUCCCUCCCUCCCUCUGCCACCGUCACCUUCAUGCCCCUCGAGCUGCGGGUGCUUCCGGGGGUCCUCGGCCCCCCCCGGGACCCCCCCAGUGACCCCGGGAGCCCCCUCGGCCACCUCGGGGACCCCCCUGUACCACCGGACCCUCUACAUCGACCAAGUCGUGCUGCCGGGACACCCCCAGAACGUGUCGGCGGUGCCGGGGGGAGCGCGGGGGGAGCUCUGUGUGCGCUGGGGCCCCCCCCCCCCGGGCCCUACCUGGAGUCCAGCCUGGUCUUCGAGCUGGCCCUGAGCCCCCCAGGGGGGCCCCCCAAAACGGUGGGGGUCCCGGCGGGGCGGCGGGAGCAGCUGGUGGGGGGUCUGGGGGGCAGCACCCCCUACACGUCCGGGCCCGCGCCCGCCCUGAUGGGCUCAGCUACGGGGGGUUCUGGAGCCCCUGGUCCCCCCCCACUACCGCAAAGACCCCCCCAGACCUGGACGCGGGUGACACUGGGCCUGUCGUGUCUGCUGGUGGUGCUGCUGCUGGGAUGGGGGCACUGGGAUGCUGGGACACCGCCGGCUCCUGAGGGAGAAGCUGUGGCCGCCGGUGCCAGGCCCCGAGCGGGAGUUCGAGGGGCUCUUCAGUGCCUACGGGGGCAACUUCCAGCUGUGGCUGUGCCAGGGGGUGGGGGCUCCCUGGCCCCCCCGGGGCCCCCCCGAGGCUGAGGAGCUGCCAAGCGCCGUGGAGGAGGUUGGGGGCCCCUCCCUGGAAAGGGACCCCCCCUGACCCCCGAGGAGGAGAGGAGGAGGGGAGAGGGACCCCUGCCCUGUGCCCCCCCGGGGGCCCAUCUCCCUCGCCCAGUUUCGAGUACACCCUGUUCGACCCGGCUCGGCCCUGCUCUGCCCCCGCGGGCCCCCCCCAGGCUCCCCCUACGCCAACCUGGGGUCCCCCAAAGCGCCCCAGCCUCCCCCGAGCGGCCCCCCCAAAGGGCGAGGGGACCCCCCGCGCUGGGAACGGGCCCCUCCUACGUCAUCUGCUCCUAAACGGGGGGCUGGUGACGUCACGGUGAUGUCACGGGCAGUGACGUCAUUGUGGGGGGACACAUACGGUGACGCCACAGGGAAGGGACACGUGAUGUCAUAGAGGGGACACGAUGCUGUGACAUCACAGGGAAGGGACAAAUGACAUCAUGACAAAGGGGAGGUGUGUCAUGGUGACAUCACAUGUGAUGUCACGGAGGGGACACGACAGAAGGGACGUGCCAUAAUGUCACGAUGGAGGGAACGCGUCACGGUGAUGUCACGUAGAGACGUAGUGAUGUCAUCUCAGAGGGGCCGUGACGUGUCACAGUGAUGUCACAUGGAGACCCCCGAACACGAGGACACAGAUGGGGACAUGUCAUCUUGUCACACAUCAACACGGAAGGAGAUGUGGCCACAGGGACACAGGCGUGAUGUCACGACAGCAUGGGGACGCGUGUCAUAGUGACAUCACCCAGAGAUGCAGUGACGUCAUCGUGGAGGAGAUGCAACAACAUCAUGAUGAUGCACACGGCGACCCCCAAGACACAAGGAAUGGAGGGGACGACGUCACCCUCGUGACACACUAUGAGAGAGGGACACGGUGAUGUCACAUGUGUCACCCAGCAGCAUGCUGACAUCAUGAUGGAGGGCGACACGUCACCUGGUGACAUCACACAGCGAGCCGUGAUGUCACCACACGGGGACACGUGAAGGGACACGUGGGACGCCACAGCCCCCGGCUGGGGCCACUUGGGGGACAUGGGGGGAACCCUGGGGAGGGGCGGGGGGAGGGAGGGGACACUCAGGACACUGAAUUUCCUGUGCUUUGGGUUUUUAAUGUUUUUAUACUGGAAAUGGACAAUAAAUGUACAGUAAAUACACAAUAAAU